UUGGCAAUACAAAUUAUGCGGACAGUGAGAGGCCAAGAGUUUGGCAACAUAGCAGGUCAAUGGAAGAUAAAAUAUGGCAUACCUGAUGAGAUGCCAGCAUUACAUGUGGGCACUAAUGUUGCCGUGACUUUACCUCUGGAAAUUUACAAUAUUGAUCGGAAUACACAACAAUCAAAUGAUAUCUAUUUUGAAUUUGCAAUUGAAAAUACAAAAUUAGCUACAGUAGAGAAACGUUUAAAUUUAGCAGAUAUUGAUGGUACAUCCUGGGAAGGUGUAGUGGAAGUGAAAGGCCAUUAUUUUGGUUAUACGCAAUUGUAUGUCACACUUCAUGAUCCCCUAACAGAUAGAAUGGAAAAGAGUGAACAAGUGCUAGAGGUGAGAGUGGUGCGUAAUAAACGAGUGAAUGACACAAUUUUUACUUACACCGCUGCCGCUAUAAUGCUAUUGAUGUUUGUUAAUCUUGGCACUGUGUUGGAUUUAAAACGUGUAGGCUCAAUAUUAAAACGACCAGUAGGUCCAUUAUUGGGAUUUUGUUCCAGAUAUAUUGUCAUGCCGGGUUUGGCUAUUGGCUUAGGUGCUUUAAUGUUUAAAACUAACAAAAAUUUACAAUUGGCAUUGCUGUUUACAGCCGUAGCACCCAGUGGAGGUAUAGCUAAUAUUUGUAAUGUGUUUUUAAAAGGAAAUAUACAUCUCUCCCUGGCCACGACCACUUUAAAUAGUGUUUUGGCAUUGGGCAUGUUGCCUCUGUGGAUUUUCUUAAUGGGUCCUGUUCUUUAUCAAGAUGCCACUUUAAAUUUGCCAUUUGUGGAUUUAGCAGUUGGUUGUGUUGGUCUUUUAGUAGCCUUAAUUGUGGGAGUUAUCUUACGCACUUUUAUACCCAAAACCACCCGAUUUAUAUUUCACUUUUUGAAACCCAUUUCCGUGGUAUUGAGUUUGUGUUUGGUGGCUGUUACAGUGGGUAUAAAUGCAUUUGCCUUUAAGGAAGUCACCCUAAUGAUAUUCUUAGCUGCUUUGUUUCUACCCGUUAUUGGUUACAUUCUUUCGUUUGUUUUGUCAAAGAUAUUGUGCCGCUCAGUAACAGAUGCCAUGACUAUAGCUGUGGAGACUAGUGUACUCAAUAUGUCUUUACCUAUUGUAUUACUGGAAUAUACUAUGGACCAACCCAUGGCUGAUAUGUUGAUUGUUGUGCCCAUAUUAUCGGCCUUACUGUCGUUGUGUUCAAUUGUUAUUUUCUAUAUUGUUCGACGAAUAUUUGGUUGGAAUACGAAACGAGAUCUCGACGCUUUUGAUCACGAUAUGUUUUCAGUGGAGUAGUUGAAAAUUUGGAGCCCAUAAAUUUUAGAAUAUUCAAGCCAAUAGAUAUAAGUUAUAUUAUAACUAUUUAUUUAUAAAGUUAUUAAAUAAAUUAAUCGAUAAUUAAAAA